AUGAUACACCUCUCUCUCAGGAAAACGUCGAGUGGUGAAGCUCUGGUUGGUACCUGGAAGCCUCACAAACCAAGAAGGCCCAUAGCUGCCCUCUACGGUAGUCCAGGUCCCAAGUAUGCACUCCCUGGACUCAUAGGUGCUUCGAAACAUGACCCUACAAAGAAAACAGCACCGCAGUUUAGCUUUGGAUCACGUCAUGAAACAAAGACUGAGAUCACCCCUGGACCGAGCUACCUCAUCCCCUCCAACAUCACCAGAGUAGGCCUAGGCGGCCCUCCUGCUUAUUCUUUCUCCAGCCGUCCAAAGGAUCCAAAACUAUUCCAGACCCCUGGACCAGGCACAUACUCCCCAGAAAAUGCUGGAAAGUCAGUCUUCCACUGUGCUCCUGCCUAUUCUAUGUCAGGGAGGGGCAAAGAAAUCAGCAAUAUUCAAACACCAGGUCCAGCCUCCUACUCUCUGCCCCCUCUGCUGGGAAACAACACUGUGGUCAAAUCCACAGCUCCCUCUUUCUCUCUUUUCGGCCGCAACAAACAUGGCAACUUCUAUGAGGACCUAAGUAAGACUCCAGGCCCUGCUGCGUACAACGUUGUGGACCUUAAUAUUUACAGGGAAAGACUUCCUCAGAUCAGCAUGACAGGCCGCAACUUUCCACCUGGGGUAUCUACAAAGACUCCAGGACCUGGUGCAUACUAUCCUGAGAUGGUGACCAUCACAAGAUCUAAAGCUCCGAGCUUCUCUUUUGGAAUGCGUCAUUCGGAUUACAUCACACCCCUCAUUGUGGAAAAUCCUGAAUAA